UUUUUUUGGAAUAUUUUUAUGGAUAAUCAAAAAUCAUCUUCUUUCCCUUUGAUUACUGAAAAAGAAAUGAUUAAUGCUAGAAGAAAUAAAAUUUUGGGGGAUUUGGCAGCCCUUUGUAGACGAUUAUUGGAAUGUUCUAAAGUUGAAGCUGAAGAAAGAAAAAUUGGACAUUCAAAAUGUUGUGGGACAGAAUUGGUUAAUGGAACUGCUGAUCAUGGAAAAGAGCCAGCAGCAAUUAUUAACAAAUUACGUGAACUUGCAUCUGCUUUUGAUUCUCAAUUUUUACAACACAAAGCUGUUGAUCCAAGAACUAUGUGGGCAAGUACUUUUUGUUCUCCUGUUCUUGAAAGAGCUGAUCUUUUUGAAAUGUCAAUUUUUGGUUUUCGUUUUUCUGGUUGUUAUAUUCCACUUCACGACCAUCCAAAAAUGUUUGGAUUUAUACGUCCUUUGCGUGGAAAAGUUAAAGUAUCUUCAUAUUCUUGGUUAGAUGCAAAUGAAGAAAAUAAACAAUUUUCACAGCAAAGAAAGAAUAAUCCGAAUUUUAAUGCAAAACCUGGAUAUAUUUUACGUCCAGCAAGAUAUGAAGGCCAAGUAAUUUUAUCUCCACCAACAGAAAAAUCUUCAUCAUUAAAGAUGGCUAUUUUAGAACCAAAUAUGGCUAAUUUACAUACAAUUGAAGCUUUGGAUGAUGGGGCAACAUUUUUUGAUUUAUUAGUGCCUGGAUAUAAUAAUGACAAAGACAGAACGUGUUUUUACUAUAAUAUAAUUAGUGACAACAACAAAAAACACUUAACUGGAGAUAUUGUCUGGCUAGAAGGAUCAGAAGAAUCACCAGAAGAUUUUACAAUGCAACGAAUCUAA